AUGGCGCCACCAGCUUCGCCUUCUUCUCCCAUGGCGCCACCGGCGCUGCCACGUGAGCUCUACCCCUUCAACGUUGCCAGAGGAGAUUUCCUCUACAAAACCGUCAACCAGGCUGAAUGGACAAGGCUACCGUCACCAAUUGAUGACCCGCAACACAACUGCUACGGCAUCAGAUUUGAUGGUACUGUGACUCUAACACAAAAGCACCGCGAACGUGGGAGCAUGUGCCGUGUCAAGCUCAUUCUCAAGCCACCUAUCAUCAAGACCGAAGACGACCAAACCACCGUCGAGGCUGUAUGUAUUAGAAUGGGCAAUCCUAGCUUUAGCGCAUACCCAGAAUGCCAUGAAAAAGUGAAAGCCGUCGAGCAUGCAAAGACUCUGCCACUUGCAACGCUCGACAAGACAAUCACACUGGUGAAGCUGAGGAACCUGAAACUGAAAAAUCUAAGCGUAAGCCGCGAGGAAGCGAAAAGGGCUGACAACUACGAGCUCGGGGAGCGGAUAUGGGCAUUGAUAGACCAUGGCUAUCGGGGCACUGCUCCACCCGGUCAGACCAAGAGAAUUAAUUGGACCGUUCUACCUCGACCAUCCAGCAGCGGCUCGGCAGAGACGCCUACGAACAAGCGUACGCUGAAGGAGCGACUGCAGGCACAUCAAGUGGCGACGGCGGAAGGGGAGUCGCGGUUGAGGCAGGGCUUGGAGGACGACCGGCAGACCAUGGUACGCAAAGUCACCGAGGCUAUCAACGGCGAGUGGGACAAAAAGGUGGCAACGGCUGUGGCUGAGCAUCGGGCGCAAACGGCGUCCACGAUGGAGAAGAUCGUAGCGGAGGGGAACAUUUAG